ACAUGGAGGCUCUUGGUCAAGCCGUGACCACAGUUAUUCAGCAAUUUUCAAAAUUCAAGAAUAUUAGUGUUACAAAUAACGACAAGGUGUCGGAGAAGAUUAAAGAAAUUGAGCAACAACGUCAGCGAUUCAGAGAAUUUGCUAGCGAAUCUAUAAAGCAAAGUAGAAAAUUGUCGAGAUACGCGAAAGAUGUCAUAAUUUUUGCUAAACAUUGUGCAAAUGACAAAUUUUCGAAGGAUGACCUCCAUGAAUUAUUGAAAUUACGUCUAAGCGAUGCCAGACAAAAUAAGGAGGAAAUUGAAAAGUUGAAUUCAAAGAUUGAACAGAUCAGAAGUGAUUUAGCCGAUAUCAACAAUUGUUUGGCGGGUUAUGCAGAAGACAUUAAAAAAGAUGAAAAAAUAUUGUUAGAUUCAGAGGAAAAAGAAAAAUUAAAAGGGAAGGAAACCGUUAAUAAAAAUUUUUUGUUGUCAACGGCAAUAAGUGCAUCUGUAGCGGCUUUUGGGGCUGCAGCCUGCACUAUUGCUGCACCUUUUAGUGGUGGUGCUUCCAUAGCCGCUCCAGUUGCUUCAUUUUGUGCUGAAGCGGGAUUAUAUUUGGCUACGGCGGCGACUCCCGUUGCAUUAGGCUCUAAAAUUCUAGAAAGGAUCGGAAACCGUGAAAUUGUGACCCUUGAAAAAGAGCUGAGAUUGAAAAGAGAUUUAUUAGUUGGAGAUAUUUCUGGGUUGAACGCUGGUCUUCACUUGGUUAUACAUACCUGUAGCAAAUUUUCAACUUUCUGGGAGGAACAAAUUGAGGAAAUUGAGGCCCUUAUUAAUAAACUCGAAGGGUUGAAUAAUAUCAAUGCCAAGGUGAUUUCUGAAAGUCUUUUGGAAUCAUGGAGAGACGUAAACAAAAAAUGUGAAGGAUAUAACUAUCAGGUGCGAACUAAACUUGAUGACGAUGCCCUAAUGAAAGCCGAGAGAAAUGAGGUGAUUUCGGAUCAUUUUGAACUUUUACGAAAUCCUUACCUUAAAAUUUUGAUCAAAACGACUAUGACAGGAUUAAAAAAGUGA